AUGUCUGAAAAUCCUAGAUAUCGUCCAUAUAUAACUAAUACUAAAUAUUCUCCAAUUGGUUCAUCUAAUAAACUUAAUUUAUUACUUCAACGUUCACUUCGCUAUUCAUAUCGACAACGAUGUUGUGAAUGUUGCCCAACAAUACUUUGUGAACUAUUAUUUCCUCUUAUUAUAAUAGGAUUAUUAGCAUUAAUCCGUUAUGGAACAAAUGCACUUAUCAGAGAAAUGAAUGAAAAUCCUGGUUCUAUUCCCAUAAACUUCGAUCAUCGUCUAUGUUCACAAGAUAAGAAUACAACAACAACAUUAUCAAAAGAUUUAUUUAAAAGAUGUUUUAAAUUUCCACCAAGUUAUCAACGAAAUGAUUGGACUUCAUUCAGUUUAGUUCCUGUAUCAAAUAGAACGAAUAUUAUAUUUCAACCGAUGACUAAUGAAACUAAAGAACUCGUUAUACUUGCCGAAAAACAUUUGAUAGCAAUGAAUUGUAGUAAUACUAAUAUAUGGAGUCAAAAUAUAAAUGAUGGCAAUGAUACUCAUUUAUUACAAGAUGAACAAGAAAACACAAUUAUUAUUGAUUUUGGUUCACCAUUAAAUCUUAAAAUUGAACAUAAUCUUGAUUGGAAGUAUUGA